UCACAGUUGGCCGUCUCCAUUGAUGAGGAUGAUGUUCGCGAGGAUGUUGAUGUGUUCGUGUGUGCUUCAAGCGUUUCUUCUCUACUUGGUUUAGCAGGUUCUGACUGGAGUUGCCAAGUGUUGGUCAGUUUGUGAUGUGAGCACUCAUUGAGGAAGGAGACUGAGAAGAAUCACAAAGGUGUCGGUUUACUGUGCAAUUUUUCUGCUGUUAGACGCUGCAUCAUUUGGAAGAACGUAGGCCUCAAGAAGUUAACGUGGAGAAAUAGUACAUAUAUUGAAAAACCAAGCCGUGCUGUGAAUUGAGGAGAAAACAGCCAAGUGUGCCGCGGGCCUCCCCGAUUUUGCUAAGGAUAGUCAUCCCACUUACUUCCCUACAUACCUACCAGCGGACCUAUCUUCCCAACUUCAUACAGAAAUAUUGAAAAGACUUGAAAGUGGGUUAAGACCAGACUGUGCUUGCGAACAGGACGGCUGUACAGUGUUGACGAUUUCCCGAUUUUCCUGAGGAUAGUCCAGCUGCUUGCUUCUCUACGUACUUACCGAGGCACCUACCUGCCCACCUACCUACCUUCCUGCGUACCUGCACUCAACUGCCCACCUACCUACUUACCUGUGCACCUGCACACAUUUGCCUACCUACCUACUUACCUGCGUACCUGGUUGUCGAUCCACACACCUGCCCACCCACCUACAUACCUACCUGUCCAGACAAUGCGUCGUAGCUCGUACAACCUGGCCAAAGCCUCGGGCAAAGAAAGUGGGCGUGGUCAGAGCUCGGAGCAGAAGACGGGCACUUCAGAUGAGUCCUUCCGGAGCCUCAGCACAAUGGCCGCCCCACAGAAAAUCCAGGUCGACAGCGCUAACAAGGCAGGGAAGUGCCCAGCCAUCCUGUGUGACGCUGAAAACAGCAAAGCUGGCAUCAUUGUCUUACAGGAGUGGUGGGGUUUGAACCAGCAGAUCCAGGACUGCGGUAAAGAGGUGAGCUGUGGCUCCAAGAUGGUCACCCUGGUGCCUGACCUGUACCGCGGCAAAGUGGCCGUCGACAACGAGACUGCCGGACACUACAUGGGUGACCUUGACUGGAAAGGUGCCAUCGACGACAUCCAGGGUUGUGCCCAGUACUUGAAAGGAAAGGGCUGCGUGAAAGUGGGUGUGACCGGCUUCUGUAUGGGUGGGGCCCUGUCUAUGGCUGCAGCUGCACUGGUGCCGGAGAUUGACGCAGCUGUGCCGUUCUAUGGGAUCCCAUCGGCGGAGCUCUGUGACGUGACCACCAUCAAGGUGCCGCUCCAGUGCCACUUUGGCGAUAAGGAUUCGGUGGCCGGAUUCUCCUCGCCGGCUGAGUGGAAACCUCUCAAGGCAAAGCUUGAGGCUGCUCUGAAAUCCUUGGAGUUUUACAACUACGACUGCGACCACGCCUUCACAAAUAAGACGGGGGCCAACUACAAUCCUGAUGCCGCAAAGUUGGCUUUCUCUAGAAUGUUUCAGUUUUUUCAGAAGAAUUUGUCAUGAACAGUCGUUAUGAAUAUUGUUUAGAUUUCUACCAAGGACUAUCCUGCAGUCUGAUAAUUUGUGUGAAUGAUUAUGAUAGGUAAAGCUAAUUCGCUGGAAGUUGAGGGACUUUAAAUGGAAAGCAUGUGCAUUGUACAUAUUAAAGCUUCCUUUGCAGCUCUGUAAUAUCAUUAGUAGUAGGCUUUUGUGACCACUACCUGGACGAUAAUUAGUUCUUAGUUGGCCUACUUGGUAAAAUUUACUAAAUUUAUAAUAAUGUACAACUUUUGGUUUAAGUUAUUGUGGAAUUCAUGUCCAUCUGAAAACUCCCAAAGAAAUUGUCCUGAUCCUGCCAUCAUACCUUUACUGUAAAUGUCGUGAAAAUAUCCGUUUAGAAAUUUGUUGUUAUUGUAUGUUGAAAGAGUAUAUUCUGCUUGACAAUAGGAGAAAGAAAAUGUACAAGUAACAUUAUUGCUGUGAAUUAUCUGCUCUUAUUAUUGUUAUGCUUGUUCUUCCUGUAUGGCCUUACGAAUUUGAAGCGCCCGAUGCUUUGUUGAGAAGUAAUCAGUUUUUUGGGGUUUUUUUACCCAUAUUAUUAUAGCACCUGUGGAACAGAAACUGCCCCCAAUCCUUCUGAAAAUUAGUGUUGUGAACCAAGUUUGUGUUUUCUGGAUGGUUUUGUCUCGUAUUGAGACAAUACAGUCUAACUUGCACAUUUCGAGCUCCCAUACUACGUAGUGGAACUCGCACAAAGCAAACAGGUUUUCGGCUCCCAGAUUUUUUCCUAUUCAUGUAUACACCUUGCACAUGCUGUAGAUAGUGCAAAGAAAUUCAUUUCUUUGCCUAAUUUAAAGCACAUGGAAAACGAAACUUGUAAUAACAAAAAGAUUUCUGCAUCUCACCAAUUUUGCUUUGCACGUGUUAGUGUGUUAUGCAGUGGAAUCCACUUAUAACGAGUCCUGAAAUAAGGAGAAGUCUGUUAUAAAGACACUAUGCUAAAACCCUGUUUUGUCCCCUUCUUUUUCUUUGUAAAUAAAAUACUGCUAUAGCGCAAUCAGACAAACAUGCAAGUCGGUUAUAGCAUGUACUUGAAAAUAAACCUCGCCAGUUGUUGGUGAUCUUGCGAAACAAAGAAUAGGAGAGCCCACUUGUGCCAACAAUGAAGGCGGAGUGAAUGAGUGGGGAGGAUGUGGUACGGUAUGCACAGACAAGCAAAACGCAUCGCGUGAUAGGCCAGCCAAGUCUAGAUUAUCUAGGCCAAGCAUGCCUCUCACUUCUCAGAUGCAGGGAUGGAGAGGCCAUAGUGCUGUGAUGGAUGGAGCGAUGUAUGACAUGCGCAAGCAGAUGGAAUGCACAACCGGGUGUGGUGGGGUGGGGGACAACACAGCAGGCGAAUUAGCCUAGAGAACUUUAUUUCUGAUCGCUGACGCCGAGCUGUCAACAUCGCUAGCGCGAGAGAAAGAAAACUUAUUCGAUGUUUGAUCAAGUAAGACCUAGAGAUCAUGUUGAACCAAAUCAUCAUCGGGGAGAUUACAAAACAAAACGAACAGAAAACCAGAAUCAUAGAUUCGGCCUACUGUACUAUUUCCCUUGAAUUUAUUACUGGAUCCCUUUUAACGAGAAUCCUGCUAUAGCGGAUCUUUUUCACCGGUCCCCUCCCUCUCGUUAUAACAGGAUUCCACUGUAUUAGGAUAAGUGAAAGUGGCCACCUGUUUCUGUUGAAAGCUUGGUCCAGACAGACACCCUGGUCCUGAAAUGAAUCCUGAUUUGAAUUCUUUUUUUAAAUCUUUGAACUUUGAUGGGUAUUGUUGUUAUUGCCUUUGAGUGGGGAUGUAAUGUACUGUAGCAGUUUUCCCUUUUUUCUGGUCAAGCUUUUUUCCAAAAUAAUUUCCCAUACCAGGACAGCAUUAUAUGGAAGAUGAGGAUUUGACCACUGAGGGAUAGGCCUACUGUGAUCACUCCUUGGACAGGUUCUAAUUUGUAUUCAAGAUCUUUCCCAAAAUGCAUAAGUACAAAUCUACUGCUUAGUGAGUGUUAGACUCUUCCAUGCACCAUUUUGAGAAGUGGCAAAAGAUGGAGUCUUAAACUGAGCCGUUGAAAUGUACAUUUAUUACGCACUGAUUGUUAGUCGAGUGUCUUAUGUCACGCUUUUAAGACACUGUUGCUAUUGAGACUGGUUUGGGCUAUGGUGCUGUUUAAGGUUGUUUUUUUUCUGUUAUAGUAUUAUUGUUAGCUACCAUACUGGUUAUAUAGUGGACUUUUAACUUUAUCAAAGAGAUUUGUUUACGUUUUUGCUCAACAUUCAUUUUUCUCUUACCUCCACGCCAGUUUUCUUACAUUUAGAAAUUUUCUUUGUCAGUUUGAAAGCACAACUGUAAUAAAGCCUAGUAUUAGUCAAUGUUAAUCCCUUAAAGCUUAUUUUCUGUUUCUAAAGCUACAAUGCUUUUAAGAAAAGAAUUUACAAAAGACUAUUUGGAUUUGAGAAUUUAUAUGAUUCUGAGAACUCUAUGCUAAAUAAACAUAUGAAUUCAAG